CAGAGCUUUAUACUUAUUAUUCGUUAGUAAAGAUUUUUGCCUUUCUGUGACGACUUUGCCAUUCUGUUUAGAGAAACGUCAUGUUUAUUGACUGAUGGCCGACAAUUUGCUGACAAUAGUGAAGUUGAAAAUUGUCAUUACAUACGAAUAAAUAUUUUUUUGUUGGGCGACGGAAUUCAAGGAUUUUUUGAGAUUCUGCAUCACAAGUAAAAAACCUCGUCAUGGCUUCGAGCGAGGUGACGAAGCUCCAGCAGCACUUGGCACUGCUGAAAGAAGAGUAUGGGAAACUGCAGAGUCACUGUGCCGAGGUGGAGCGCAAGUACACGCUGGCGGCAGCGUCUGCCGGCGACCUGAGCGAGACGAGCUUUGUGGCGCGCCUGCUCAUGACGGUGGCCACUCUGUACGGCAGGGAGACCUACUCCGACAUCACCAUCAAGCUGCAGAGCAAGUCCAUGCCUGGGCACAAGUUCGUGCUGAAUGCGCGAUCUGAUGACUGGAAUGAGGAAGCUCUUAAAAAUCUCGAAGAAUUAGACUGGACUUCUCUGCCAGAUGACAUUGGUGCAGCUCUGCUCAAAUGGCUGUACACAGAUGUGGUGGACUUGUCCCGAGGAGACAGCUUUGCUCUGCAGCUGAUGAAAUCUGCUGCAAGCUUUAAGUUGCAUGGAUUAGUUGGGAAGUGUGAGCAGGCUCUUAUUGCUUCAGUUGGAGUGAGGUCCUGUGUAAAGUUCUACUCAGCUGCGGAUGAGAUAGGAGCAGCAGCUCUCAAGGAGCACUGCUCGGGACUCAUAUCUGCACAUUGGGAUGACCUCACUGGUGAGGACUUCGCGCACAUGUCCUCGGCUCUGCUGUACCGCAUGCUGAAGAGUAAGACGUCGCAGCCGCUGCACGGCGCGGUGCGCUUGCUGCGAGAGGACGUCGUCUUCCUGUGUCUCGUCGAGAACCACGCCAACUUAACAGACAUCGUAAACGCGAUGUCAACACGUGGCGAGCUACCUCUAGAACUGGCGCUGCGGGGGCGAAGCUCCUCAAUAGCCACGACGUUGCUGCAGCACUGCGCAGACGCCGACGCGAGGGGACCGCGCGGCAGGAGCCUGCUGCACCGAGCCAUCGACUCCAGAGACGCAUUCUCUGCCAAGUUCCUUGUCGAUAACGGCGCAGACCCCAAUCUAACCACCAAAGAGGAGGGUGACACGGCGCUGCACUUGAUCGCAUCGCUCACGUCCAGCUCUUGUGACGAAGAGACCAUGGACCAGAUGGCAGAGAUCGCCGAGGUCAUGGUACAGAAGAAUGCUGAUAUCAACCGACAGAAUAGAAAAGGAUUCACACCUCUCCAUCAAGCAGUAAUAGCUAGAAAUCAAAGGAUAUUCGACUUGCUUCUCAAACAGCCGACAUUAGACACAAAUCUAAGGACCUUGACAGACGAGCAUCCGCCGCUUUACUACGCGUUAGUAGACGACAGACGAGCGUCCAUUUCAUCCAGUGAGACUUUAGUCAUGAAUGGAUCAAACCCCUUCGAUACACCUGUGACGAAUAAAAACGCCUUUACCGAAGACCCAGUGGAGGGGAAAACGGAAAAUGUUGUUGAAAGAGGAUUCGCUGCUAAACUAUUGGAGAAAGGAUGUCAACCAAACCCGUUAUACUCGGGAGCGGGAGACAGUUUGCUACAUAUUCUGGCGCAAGGGUGGUUUGAGGAAUCAGCGGUGUUCCUGGUGAGUCACCUGAACGGCGAGCUGAACCACAGCAACGAGGCCGGCAUGAGUGCACUACACGCGGCCUGCGCCAAUGGACUCGCACGACUCACUGCCGCUUUGUUGGAACAUGGUGCUAGGCCUAACUUGCAGACGUCGUACGGAGAGCAGGAAGACACGGUUUAUAGACAAACGCCCCUGCACUUAGCAGUGCUGAACAACCACGAAGGUGCAGUGCUGGCUAUCAUAGAACACAAGAAGCUCAUAGAGAAGGGCGACAUGCCAGCCACAGAUCGCAGUAACGUCAGUCUCGCGCCCAACCUUAACUUGAAGAACUCGGAGGGAGAUACGCCCGUCAGUCUAGCACUCACUGAAGGUCACAAGAAUCUGGUCGCCCCGCUGGUCGAAGGUGGCGCGGACCCAAACAUUCGCAAUGGAAAGGGUUUCACAUUACUCCAUCAAGCUAUUGUAGAGGAAGACUCUCGGACCGCCAUAUACCUGCUCGACCAUGGAGCUGACAUGAAUGCAUUGACGGAGGCAGGCGAGACGCCGCUGCAGCUGGCCAUCCACUGCCGGCUAGGCUUAGUGGUGGAGGCGCUUUGUGUUCGUGGAGUGGACAUGAGCCGCCUCGACGCUAACGGAGUGCCCCCGCUGUGGGCAGCGCUCGACUCCGGCCAGGAGGAAGUCGCUAGCAUCUUGGUCAGAAAUGGUGCAGAUGCAGACUGUUGGGGCUCCGGGCCUGAUGGAUGCUUACAGACAUUGUUACAUAAAGCGAUAGACGAGAACAAGGAGUCUCUGGCCAUGUUCCUGAUCCGGUCGGGCUGCGACGUGGAGUCGCCCCGGCGGCUGGGCCCCUCCGGCGAGGGCGCCGACAUCGCCAACGAGAAGCACUCGCCGCUGCAUCUGUGCUGCACAUGGGGACUUACUGAUGUCAUACAGACCCUUCUCGAACAUGGCGCGAACAUAAAUUCGAAAGACGCGGAAGGCAAGACCCCUCUUCACAUAGCGAUAGAGAACCAGCACGCGGGUAUCAUCUCGCUGCUGCUGUCUCAGCCGGGCAUCGAACUGUCGGCGCGUGACAACCGCGGUGUGUCGCCCUUUGCCGCUGCGCUUACGGCAAGGAAUAAUAAGGCGGCGCAAGCUAUAUUGGAGAAGAACCCGUCCGCUGCUGAACAGGUAGACAAAAAAGGCCGCAACUUCCUUCACGUGGCUAUCCAGACAUGCGACGUGGAGAGCGUGAUGUUCCUCCUAUCGGUGGAGGUGGACGUGAACUCGCGCGUGCAGGACGCCACGCUCGCGCCGCCCCUCCAUCUUGCAGCUGCUACCGGACAUGAGGUGCUGCUCAGGAGUCUGCUGCUGGCUGGAGCCAGGCCCAAUGAUAGGGAUGCGCAUAAACGCACGGCGCUACACGUGGCGGCGGGCGCGGGACACGAGAGCAUCGUGUCGGCGCUGGUGUCGGGCGGCGCGGAGUACGGCGCGGUGGACGCGGCCGGCGACAACGCGCUGCACGUCGCCGCGCGGGACGGACACGCCGCCGCCGCGAGGGCGCUGCUCGCCGACACCGAUAUUGAUGCCGCUGCUACUAAUCUUAAAGGUAGAAAUCCACUGCAUGAGUUGUGCUGGUGUAAAAAAGACAAUGCAGCAGCGAUCUGUGAAAUAUUCCUAGAGUUCAUGCCUGACUACCCGAUUAAUAGGACUGAUUUACAGGGCAACACUCCACUUUUACUAGCUUACAUGAACGGUCAGGGCACCAUGUGUAGGGUAUUGGUGCGGGCCGGCGCCUGUCUCGCUCAAGAAAAUAAAGAUGGCAUAUCUAUAUUUAACUAUCAAGUAGCCACAAAGCAAUUACUGCACCGUUUGUUGGACGUGUUGCCGGCGGAGGCGCCGUGGGCCGAGAGCGACCUGUGCCAGGAGUGCGGCACCAAGUUCACGCUCACCAUGAGGAAACAUCACUGUCGUCACUGUGGGCGCAUGCUGUGCAACAAAUGCUCGAGUCAGGACGUGCCGAUCCUCAAGUUCGGCAUGAACAAGCCGCAGCGAGUGUGCGAGAUCUGCUUCAACGUGCUGCAGGUCGGCGCGAGUUAGUGACGUCACGCCUCACGCUCGGUACUCGGAAUACAAGGCUCCACAGGGCGCACCUCUAUACUCGGAGAAAUGGAAAAGCCUCUGUGCACUGAAUCGAUUCAUACUUAUCUAUAUCGCUCGCAGUGCAUAGAUGUCGGAUGGCUUUCAUACUAAUGCCUUUUCAUUGGCUACGUCUCAUCCAGCGAUCAGAUGUCGCCAAUGAAAAUGUAUUACGGUGUGCUGUUACAAGUGUGUCAGACUCAGUAACCAUCUUACACACAAUAGCGGUUGCACGCGGCUCACAAGUUUAGUCAUUAGACUAUCGUGAGAUUUUAUAGUUUUAUAUUGCAAAUAAAAUAACAUCACAUCCCAGUGAUCAUUCAAAUCUUGUUAAUUUUCUUAUGAGGCUAGAUCAUUCCUACCUGCCUAACUCGAUUUCGUAAAUUUUCUUACGUAUACAUUGUUUUAAAAUACUUAACAUAAGGCACGGACUUGAGGCGAUUCUGUCUGUUAGAUAGCAAUAUGUUAUUCUAAUAACAUUGAUAUAAUAUUGUGAUUUAGUUAGGCUUCUAAGGUCACAGUUAUUGUGUAGAUGCGAAGUAUACCUUACUAUUUAAUGCCUAUAUAAUGUAAUCUUGUAAAACCAAGAGCGCGUCCAUUAGAUACUAAAAACAAAAAUACAAAAAUCUUGCUUAAAAUAGUGCCUACAGAUUUUUACGAUACUUGAAUUAUUUCAAUAUUUUUUUCUAAAUUUUGCCAAAGUUUUUCCUGUGCUUUUGUUUCUGACAUUUAGCUUGUAAUAUAUAGAAAUUGGUUUAUAUUGUAUUGUUAGAUAUUAUUGUUAAAAUUUUAUCAUGUUUAUGAUGUUCACACAUAAGAUAUUUUACUGAUUCAUUCAUUGGUACAAUAAUAUUUGUUUAGGAUACAUUUUUAUUCUAUGUUAUUUACAACGACUGCACCUACACUACUUCAUACUAGUAGGGUAUAAUGUGAAGGUUCACAAAAUGUUUAUAUCUAGGAAUUAUUUAUUAAGAAUGCAAUUUACUGUAAGAUUCCGUUUUGUGUGACCAUUAUAAACUUUUUCUUACAUCUAGAGAACUAUGCAUUUUAUACUUUUAAGUAAAUUUUCAUUAUAUUAUUGUAGGGUUUAUAGAAACUGAAAUGUAUUCUUUUAUUGCUUAGGGGUAAGACAAUUGAUGCAAUGUUUACAUUUUGUAAAGUUAACGUUAAUUUGAUGAUAAUUGGCAUUUGUUUUGACAUUCCGAUUUUCUGCACAGGUUUAUGAUAACACUCGUAUUUUUUAAAUAACUCUUAUUUUGAGUGUGCCAUUUCACUUGUGAUGUACUGAAAGCUUAAAUUGUUAUGUUGAGAUUAUUUUUUUAAUCUGAAUUUUAUUUAAUUCAAAAAUUUUAUAUUCACUGUAAUAAAAAAAACUUAUUAUGCAAAUUGCUUUUUAUUGCUUUAUGAAAGAUUGUAGUUAGUUACAGUAACAUUUUGUAAGGUUUAUAUUAAAUGCUAAAUAAAAGACAAAUAUUAA